GUCCCGGAAGUGGCCAGCUGCUGCCGCCGCUGCAGAAGAAGAAGUUGCGGCUGUUCGCUCAACAGUCAACUUUAAAAAACGGACCCGGUUAACGGACCCGGCGGGAUGGACACGGACACGGCUUCCCCGGAAGCCACUGUGGACGUAAAGAUUAAAUCGGAGCCCGACGACGACGUGGAGAUCUGCUGGUAUCCCGUCCUCAAGAAGCUGUCCGUCAAACUCACCGACUGCCGCCCGUUGCUGGAGGGGCGGGACUUCCUGUCUCUGGACGCCCACCCCCAGCUCCGGCGGCGCCCGCCGCCGCGCCCGUCCACCAUCACGGGCAGGAAGAUGGUGUACUGCCCCGACUGCCACAAAGGCUUCUACAAGCAGUCGCACCUGGAGGCCCACCGGAGGACCCACGGGGGCCAGAAGGCCAACGAGUGCUGGCAGUGCGGGAAGACCUACCCCACGCUGCUGAGCCUGGUGCUGCACCAGCAGGUCCACGACCGCGCCCGGCCAUACAAGUGCUCGCACUGCGACCAGACCUUCGCCCUGAAGCGAGACUGGAAGACUCACCACCGCACGCACUCGGGCAAGUAGGGAAUUACUAGGAGUGGGAAUCACCUAGGGCUGUGUUCGAUUUGAAGAACUUCUGAGUCGACUAACACUCGUUCAGUAGUACCGACUAAUCGAUUAAGUUGAUUUAAUCGACAGAUCUGUAAAUCUGA